CUGCCUCCCUCACAGCCUCAUUGCUACCAACGCGGCGCGGCUCCGCCUGAUCGCAGGGCCUGAGAAACGGCUGCUAGAAAUGGGGUUGCGGCGCGCGCAGGGCCCCGACGGGGGUCUCACGGCCUCCACCUACAGCUACCUGGGGGGCUUUGACGGCAGCAGCAACGUGCUGGCAGGACAGCUGCGGGGCGUGCCCGUGGUGGGGACCCUGGCGCACUCCUUCGUCACUUCCUUUUCCGGCACGGAGGUGCCUCCUGACCCGAUGUUGGCUCCGGCUGCUGGUCAGGGCCCCAGUGUGGACCUGGCCCCCCGUGUGGAGGCGUGGCUGGAACGUGUGUGCGCCCACCUGGGGCUGGGGGUGCAGGAUCCACACCCCGGGGAGCGGGCGGCCUUUGUGGCCUAUGCCUUGGCCUUCCCCCGGGCCUUCCAGGGCCUGCUGGACACCUACAGCGUGAGGAGAAGCGGACUUCCCAACUUCCUGGCGGUGGCCCUGGCCCUGGGGGAGCUGGGCUACCGGGCUGUGGGCGUGCGGCUGGACAGUGGGGACCUGCUGCAGCAGGCCCAGGAGGUCCGGGCGCUCUUCCGGACCACGGCAGCCCAGUUUCAGGCACCCUGGCUGGAGUCAGUCCCCAUCGCUGUCAGCAACAACAUCGACGAGAAGGAGCUGGCCCCCUUCCAGGGCAGUGAAGUGAAUGUCAUUGGCAUUGGCACCAGCGUGGUCACCUGCCCCCGCCAGCCUUCCCUGGGCUGCGUCUACAAGCUGGUGUCCGUGGGAGGCCAGCCUCGGAUGAAGCUGACCGAGGACCCCGAGAAGCAGACCUUGCCGGGGAGCAAGGCCGCCUUCCGGCUCCUGGGCUCCGAUGGGUCUCCGCUGCUGGACCUGCUGCAAUUGGCGGAGGAGCCGGCGCCCCAGGCCGGCCAGGAGCUGAGGGUCUGGCCUCGAGGGGCCCAGGAGGCCUGUACCGUGAGGCCGGCCCGUGUGGAGCCACUCCUGCGACUCUGGGUCCAGCAGGGGCAGCUGUGCGAGCCCCUCCCAUCUCUGGCCGAAUCCAGAGCCUUCGCCCAGCGGUCCCUGAGCCAGCUCAGCCCCGGCUGAGCGCCGGAGCCCCCCUGUCGGAGCCCCCCUGUGAGAGCCCCCCUGUGAGAGCCCCGAGGAGCUGCCAGAAGUUAACAGGAGUCGCUCA